AUGGCAACAAUAGAAACCGCUCCUCGACCGAGAGACACGUUGCCAUCUAUAAGUCAUCUCGAACUCGACACCGUCAGAACCGACAGGAAUGACCUCUCGAGGUAUUCCAUUGGCAAUGGUCUGAGCAUCAGCACGGCACCCUUGGCCAGUCCCACGGCCUCCAUGUACUCGGCCCCGCCUCAACCAUACUCAUGUGCACCGUCGACAUCAGGCUCGACUGCGGGCGUGUCGGGAUACAUCUCUCCUCCCGAGUCGACUACUCGACGCUCCACAAGAGACGAGAAGGAGUCGCCUGAUCUUCGCAAGUCCCUCCCUUCUAUCCACGAAGCUCUGGGAGACAAGUCGUUGCCCUUUUCAAGCUCGUCCCAGCAUCAAUCUUUGCCCACGCCUUCUACCACUGUUGGUCCGUCGUUCUCAGAAGGCCCCAAGGGCCCCAUCAACCCCUUCUCCCAACCAGCACCUUCUGUGCCCGUCCUACGAGACGUGUUUUCAACGUCUCAAAUGACCUCAUCGACCCCGACGGAAUCGCAAGCCCCGAAGCCUCCUUUUCCACCGCCAUCUGUCCCUGCCCCCGAUCCUCGUCAAUCAGUCUCUCAGACUUUUGGGUAUCCCGGUUCUCCAAGUUCUCAGCAACAGUCAAACUUUCGUUCAACGGCUCUGGCUAAUACCACAUUCACGAACCAUAAUGAGACUGCCCCCUCUAGAUCUCCUCAAACCUAUGAGCCAACUAGGCAGCCACAGCCGUUUGCCCCGUUCAAUAAUCCUGCUUCCGCGAAUGCAUCUACUUCUAUAAAUGAUGUCUACCAGUUCACCGCGGGCUCGAAACCCGCAAACGAGGUUCCAUUCAACGAGGCCGUCAAACGGCACUUGGAGGUGUUUGACGUCGAGUUAGGGCUCAAUGAGAUUAGCGAAUCCUGCCUGCGUAUCCUCGAAUUUUGCCGCACUUGGGGGUCACGUAUUCACCAGGGAAGCCGAUCGUCCUACGUGCAGGAACCUAUGCCCUCGAUAGGGGAAGCAGACGAGGUCCUCCGUUUCUCCCAUCGUUCUUUCGAGCUUCUCAGUUACGUGCGAGAAGUGGCAGUUGCUCAAGAGAAUGCCAAAGCGGAACAGCAAGCCCGACUUGUUCGAGGCAUCCAGCCUGAAGAAGAGUAUCAACCAACGGCAGACGAAUACAAAGGUGGGGGUUAUACAGGAGGCGAUGCAAAGAAACGACGCGGAAAAGCCGCGCCGCCAGGCCGAUGUCACAGUUGCAACCGUGCCGAAACCCCCGAAUGGCGAAGAGGUCCGGAUGGGGCACGCACGUUGUGUAAUGCUUGUGGCCUUCACUACGCCAAGUUGACACGAAAGUUGGGUGUCAACAAAGCGGCAGCUAUGACCGGGGCGAAUCUCCGGCCCAAAAACGCCGAUUCCACGAGGCCGUAA